AUGGUGGGUCGGAAGCCGCCUGGCUCGGGCAGCCGCCGGCCCAGGACCCGCGGAUCGCGCCACGUGGGCCCCUCCAGCUCCCUCGCCCUCACCGCCGUCGCCUUCAGCAACGUCAAGCCUCAGUCGUCAAGACAAGCCGCCACUAAACAGAACCGGGAUUUGCAUUACGCCGCCAGCACCGGACAGACCCAAUGGCUCCAGAUCACCCUGCAGAAAGCAGAGUCCCCCAACCAGGCAGAUAUCAAUGGCUUCUCCAUGCUCCACACGGCCGCCCUGCACGGACGCCUGGACUGCAUGAAGAUGCUGAUCGAGAAAUACAACCUGGACAUCAACCUGGGCAGCCUGCGGGGAUGGCGGCCCAUCCACCUGGUGCUGGGCCAGGAGAGCAAGGCCAUGGCCGUGGAGUGCCUCCAGUACCUGCUCAGCAAAGGCGCCGACGUCAACGUGCAGAAUUUCAACGGGGUCUCCCCCCUCCACAAGGCAGCCAGUGAGGGGCGGGAGCAGUGCCUCCAGGUUUUGAUCGACGCCGGGGCGAACGUCCACGCCUACGACCACGAGAAACAGAAGCCCAUUGAUCUGUGCAGGACGUGGGGCCACCGGGCGUGUGCCAAGCGCCUCUCCCACGCCAUGUGGAAGGCCGACAAGAGGCACCAGCUGCAGCAGAUGUGCAAACUGGACUCCAUCAGAGCCGCGUGCGAGAUGAAGCAAAGGCAGUUCCUUCAAAGAGAACAGUGGGAGCUGAACCUCUGCAACAUGAUGGCCUUCGAAAGCUGGCUGCUGAAGAAGGGCCUGCCGCUGCCCACUCCGACUGUCCUGGGCCUGUCGUACGUCAAGCGCCACUCGCUGACCCUCCGCAAAGUGGCCGGCCAGGUCGCCAGCCCCAUCCCCUCCCUCAGCGCCCUGCUCAUGGGUGAGGACUCGGUCCUCAGCGUGCAACGCAGGUUCCGGCGUCAGAAGCCCUGGAAUCUCAGCACCAACCUGGAGUCGGAACCGGCUACGUCCAUCUUCCGGCCGCAAGUCAUCCGGCUGGGCGUGGAGCCCGAGAAGCUGCCGCAGCACGACUUCACCUCCUUCCUCUUCCUCUUCAAAGAUCCUUUCGGGGAGCCGGUGAUCCAGAUCGACAACAUCGGCCGGGUCUCCUCCAUGCCGGAUCUGCCUUACGAGGUCCUUCAACGGAGCCUCUACCCCCGCUCUUGGAAACCCCGCAUGGAGGUGCCCCGGGAUUUCCAGAUGGUGCCCAUCUUUAACCUGAAGCACCGGCGGCCCCCGGGGCCGGAGCACUGGUGGACCGACCAAAUGGCCCUCAGCCUCCGGGUCACCCUGGAUCCCGUAUUCCUCCGCAGCCUCCAGAGCCACGUCUCGGCCUACUGCAGCACUGAAGUUCUGGGCCCCCCAAGGAUGGGGAGCUUGGGGUCCCUGAAAGAGACCCUCCCCGCACAAAGCGAAUUGUCCACAUCGUCCAGCCCGUAGGAGGAAGGCCUGGCAGGCCCUUUCUGCCAUGCCCCAGAGAGAGCAAAGGGACAGGGAUGCCCUUCCCCUCAAAUGCCCCGUCUCUACACAAGGCAUUUGACGAGGUUGACUCUGCCACGCUCAGAAACAUUUAAUAAUUAAUAUUAAUAAUAAAAGUGCAGCAAGGGCAGUCCCUCCCCUGCGUCCGUCAGUCCUUAAUUCACAGCAGGAAUUGAGGGCUCCAGAAACACAGGUAAUCCUCGACUUACGGCCACAACCGAGCCCAAAAUUUCUGUUCCCAAGCGAGUUUUGCCCCGUUUCACCCUCCUUUCUCGCCAACGCGAUUAAGGGCUUCAGAGGUUUCAGUUAGUAACACCGUUGUUAAGUGAACCUGACUUCCCUCCUUGUCAAAAGGUGGGCAAAGUGGAUCACGUGACCCACCCACCCCAGGACGCUGUGACCGUCAUAAAUCUGAGUCAGUUGCCAAGCGCCUGAAUUUUGACCACGGGGAAGCUGCGACGGUCCUCAGUGUGGAAAAGGGGCCAUGGGUUUUUAUUACCGUUGUAAUUUUGAAGGUUCACUAAAUGAAUGGACGUAACUCGAGGACUACCUGUGUAAAAAAGGAUGCCAAAUGAAAACCCGGGAAGAAAAAAGGGGAGGAGAGAGUUUGUCUCCUUGUUGUGUUGUCAUUGAACACCUUUAUUGAACGCAGACUCUGUGCUAAAAGAGACGCCCAGAACACCGAGGCAGCUGGGAGCCUCCGGAGGUCUCUAGACGGGCCAGGCAGCCAGGCAAUUGCCAAGGGAGAGCCAGGGGGCAGCCGAGCUCAAGGAGCAGAGUCGACACUCAUGGCAUCCCGCAUUCCAGGCACAACCUCGCAAUUUUCCCUCCCCCCCCCCACACACGCCAUCUUGGUUCCUUCCCCAACCUCGGGGUCUUGGUACAGUUCGAUUUUCACCCCACAGUUGUAGUCCUGGUGGGGGGAGAUGGGGGGGGGGGGAGAUGCCAGCAGUCUUCUGGGCUAAAUGCAGCUUUGCUUUUCACACCCCCCCCACGCAGAACCAUCCUUCCUGGUUCCCCUUUUUUUU